AUGAUAAAGAAAUAACCAAUAAAACAAGCAACUAGGAUGUAAACUCAAGCAAAUGAUUAAUAAGAAAUUGUAACUUAAAGUAAAUUUUGUAAUGAUUAAAGCAAAGUUAGCAAGCAUCUAAAAUACACUUUAAAUUAAAUUGUCGGUAAUGGAACAUUUGGGAUGGUUUAUUGAUAUAAGACAUGAAAUAGCAUCGGCAACAAUCUCUUAAACAAAUGAAAAAGUGGCAAUAAAAAAAGUAUUUUAGGAUUCCUGGUGAAAGUGCAACAGAUUAGCUUGUAAGAAAUCAUUAAAAUAUUGGGCACUCCUACUAUUGAAUAAGUUAAAUAGAUGAAUCCUAUGCAUAAAGAAUUUAAAUUUCCUUAAAUAAGGAAUCACUCUUGGAGCAAAGUAAAUUAAAUUUUUGAAGUUAAUUUAGGUAUUCUAGAAAUUUAAACCUGAUCCUUUAUUUGUUGAUUUGAUAUCAAAAAUAAUGUUGUAUCCUCCACGUGAGAGAUUAAGACCCUUAGAAGCAUUGUCUCAUCCUUUUUUCAAUGAAAUAAGAUAUGAAAAGUUUGGAAUUCCAAAAGUAUAAUUAUGACCAAGGAUUUGGUAAUUUGAUGAAAAUAUUCUCUCGAGUAAAAUUGUGGAAUAGACAUCACUUUUAGUGGUAGUACAUGUUGAACAGUAUUUGUUUCUGGUAAUUUAUGGUGCUCAAAUAUUGGAGAUUCAAGAUCUGUAUAAAAUUUAUCUUAAGUUAGAACAAAGCAUAGACUCUAUAAAUGGAAGAUUUUAAAAUUGAAUAAUGAUCAUAAACCUUAUUUGCCUACAGAAAAAAAAAGAAUUCUUGCAAGUAAAGGAAGAGUACAACCAUUUGUGAAAACGGAUAAAAUAUUGGUCCAGCUAGAGUAUGACUUUUGCA